AUGACAGAAAAUCAGACAUGGGUCACAGAACUCAUUCUUCUGGGAUUUCCACUCGGUCCAAAGACACAGAUGUUCCUGUUCGGGCUCUUCUCCCUGUUCUAUGCCUUCACCCUGCUGGGGAACGGGGCCAUCCUGGGGCUCAUCUGUCUGGACCCCAGACUGCACACCCCCAUGUACUUCUUCCUCUCUCACCUGGCUGUCGUCGACAUGUCCUAUGCUUCCAACAAUGUCCCCAAGAUGCUGGCAAACCUCGUGAACAAGAAAAAGACCAUCUCCUUUGUUCCCUGCAUAAUGCAGACCUUUUUAUACAUGGCGUUUGCUCACACGGAGUGUCUCCUCUUGGUGGCCAUGUCCUAUGAUCGAUACGUGGCCAUCUGUCACCCCCUACAAUACGCUGUCAUCAUGAGCCGGAGAGUGUGCACCAUCCUGGCUGCUGCUUCCUGGGCAUGUGGCUCCCUCCUGGCCCUGGUCCAUCUAGUCCUCAUCCUGAGGCUGCCCUUCUGUGGGCCUCACGAGGUCAACCACUUCUUCUGUGAGAUCCUGUCUGUCCUCAAGCUGGCCUGUGCCGACACCAGGCUCAACCAAGUCGUCAUCUUUGCUGCUUCUGUGUUCAUCCUGGUGGGGCCCCUGUGCUGGGUGCUGGUGUCCUACACGCGCAUCCUGCUGGCCAUCCUGAGGAUCCAGUCAGGGGAGGGCCGCAGAAAGGCCUUCUCCACCUGCUCCUCCCACCUCUGUGUGGUGGGGCUCUUCUUUGGCAGCGCCAUCGUCAUGUACAUGGCCCCCCAGUCCCGCCACCCUGAGGAGCAGCAGAAGAUCCUCUCCCUGUUCUACAGCCUUUUCAACCCCAUGCUGAACCCCCUGAUCUACAGCCUGAGGAACGCAGAGGUCAAGGGUGCCCUGCACAGGGUGUUGUGGAAGAAGAGAUCAAGGUGGAGAGAUGGCGGGACACCUUGA